AUGAUUGAGAUUGUGUGUAAAGACCCGCUGAGCAAAAAGGUCCAUGUAAAGUGCAACACGGUUGACACAAUAGGAGACCUGAAGAAACUGAUUGAGGCUCAGACAGGCACCCAUUGGAACAAGAUUAUUUUGAAGAAAUGGUACAUAAUCUUCAAGGACCAUGUCUCCCUGGGUGACUAUGAGAUCCAUGAUGGAAUGAACCUUGAGCUUUAUUAUCAGUAG